UCCCUAAUUCUAAGCCAAGUUCACACUGCAGUCUGCAGGUUGCUGUACUGCGUUCUAAGCCAAGUGCAAGCCUUUGAUAUCUAUCUAUAUAAACUUGUUCCUAUCAGUCCAUAUUUCCCAUACCAGCGUUGCCUACACCACUAUCUAUUCAUCUUACUAGAGCUAGCUUUACGUUCCUUGCCAUAGAGCAUUCUUCUUACAGAAAGUAAGAUCUCAUAAAGCUCUGAUAACUCUCUUUCCAGGUUUCCAUUUUCCUUGUACUGUAACUUCCUUUGUAGCUUUUCCACAAAAAAGCUUGUUACUAAGUUUCCAAUGGCUUCCACUUGCUCCGAAACACCUUCUUUAUCAUUGUCAUCAUCUUCUUCUUCAAUUCCUGGUUCAAACUACGAUGUUUUUCUCAGUUUUCGGGGUGAGGACACCCGCCAUAGCUUUACAGACCAUUUGUACGAGGCAUUUAGAUUGAGAGGCAUUGAAGCCUUUAGAGACAGCGAAAAACUCCAACUAGGACAAGAGAUUGCUUCUGAGCUCAUACAAGCAAUAGAAAACUCCUACUAUGCAAUCGUUGUUUUCUCAGAAAAAUAUGCCGAUUCCAAGUGGUGCCUGGAUGAACUUGCUAAAAUUGUUGAAUGCAAAAAAAAUAAGAGACUUGAAGUGGUGCCCGUCUUUUACCACGUAGAUCCCUCCGACGUGCGGAAGCAGACUGGGCCAUUUGAAAAAGCCUUUGACGAACAUCAGAAGAAUGACAAAAUCGACAGAGAGAAGAUCCAGAAAUGGAAGGAUGCUAUGAGAGAAGUGGGGAAUUUAUCCGGCGAGCAUUUACUGCCACAUCAAAGGACAGACCCUGCUUGAACAGAAACCGUGGCUAUCAGCCUCAACAAAACAUAAAACGUCCACAGGUGGACUUGAAUACACAGUAAAAUCCCUAGCUUGCAAGCAGCCAAUAUUUGCUAGCCUAUCUGCACACCCAUUGGCUUCACGGAAAAUGUGCUUGAUCCGGCAGUGGGGUAAUUGAAGCAUCAACUGUCUGCAGUCCUCAAAGAGAGGGGAGAUGACAGUAUUAGUAUAACUAGGAUUGUUAAAAGCAUCUACAAGAGAUUUUGCAUCCAAUUCCACAAUGAUCUUGGGGGAAUUUAGUUGUUGGCAUAAGAGAAGGCCAUCCCUAAGGGCCCAAAGCUCGGCCAAAAAACUGCUAGCUUUCCCUAAUCUCCUAGAGAAGCCUAUAACCCAGUUGCCAUUUUCAUCCCUUACAACACCUCCACCUCCGGCUAAACCCAGCACACCAUUUGCAGCCCCAUCCGUGUUGAGCUUCAGCCACCCCAUAUCAGGUUUUCCCCAGCAAAUUUGUUUAACAACCCCUUGUCUGCGAUGCUUCCAUCUUCCUGCACAGUGGACAAAUUCGUUGGACUGCAUAAUGAUCUUCCUGCACAGUGGACAAAUCGUACUCUUUCAAGCGUGUGUAAAUGUAUAUUAGAACUUUUAUUCUUUUUUAUUUAUUUUUACUUUAUCUGCAAUUUGUGUCUCUUGUACCACCCAGUCAAAA